AUGAAGGUGAGUAAAAUUGAAAGUAAAACUUUAUAAAAAGUUUCCAAUUUCGAUUAAAUCAACAACAAACACCAAGAAUGGAAGGAGAAAUUUAGGUAGGAGGGUCGCAAUGCACUCUAAAAUGAUAAAGUUCCUUUUGAUGAUGCUAAAAGACCACUUAAUUGGACAUCAAUUACUCGCUCAAUUCUAAAUUAACAUGCACCUGAACAUUAGAUCUUUGUGAAAAAAGAAAGUCCUAAAAUUGAUAAAACGAGCGCUAAUGAUGAUCAAGACUAAAAUGAGGAUAUGUAUGAAUUAAAGGAAAAAUCUUCACUUAAGUAUCAUAAAAGGCACACUAAAUUUAGAUUUAAUUUACAUCGACAUCAUAAAUCAAAUGACAAAAGAAAUACCCAGGACUAGCAAGCUUCUAAGUCAAGUAAAAAUUAAUGUAAUGUCAAGGGAUCGAUAGUUUUGAUUGAAGAUGACCCAGAUUAUAUUCUCCCAGAGAAACUUACUUCUCUAAAAAAUGAUAUUGAUAAACUAGUUGCUGAUUAGAAUAUAAGCAGACAAUAUUUUGAAAGAUUCAAAAGAGAAAGGGAGGAAAAAAUCCAAGCACUAAAGAGACGAAAUCUUUCUCUACAAAGAGUAAAUAUUGAUGAUGCUGUUCUAGGAAACAAUUACCAUUAGAUCAAGCACAAUGAUCAUGAUUCUAUUGAAAUAGAUUUAAAAGCAAUCGAAGAGACAACAAAGAUUGAUGAUUCGAAGGAUAAUAAUAGUAAAUUUGUAAAAUAAAAAUCUUUGAUGGCUGAAUAAAGAUAGAUUGAGUAUAGCGAGUAUCUUUUAAAUCGAUCAAGUCUGGCAAACUUUAAAUUUGAAAAUUCUUUGAAAUUUAAGGCUAGACAACAGAUAAUGGGUUAUCUUGAAUCGUUCGAUAAGAUUACUAAAUAGAAUUCAACUAAUGCAUCCUCGAAUUAAGUCAAUUUUCCAUUAAUAUAUAAUAAUAAUUAUAGCAACACAAGUUUUGAUAAAAGAAGAGUAAGGCCUGUAACUUAGUAUGGUGAAGGAUAACUAUAUGAUUAAAAUCAAUCUCAAGAUUUACAAUAUGCAUAAUCUAAUUUCAAAAUCCAAAAGAUUAGAAGGAUACAUAGCAACUCUACUGCUGAAAGUCCUAUACCUGCUAACAAAAGUCAUGGUCAAAUAAAAUCUUUCGCUUAAUAAUUUUAAGCUAAAUAGCUAUCAAAAUUAAUUGAGAGAAUUCUUAGGAAUAAUAGUAUGGAAUCUAAAGAAUAAUUGCUCAUGAAUGACUACAAAUCUUAAUCAAUAAUCGAAGUCAAUGAAAAUGAGGCAGGAGAUACCUCUUUUAAAUUAAGAAGAAGGAAACUAAGGGAAAAGCAAACAAAAUAUCUUACUUAAGGUUCUAUAGUAAUCGAUUAAAAUCCCUAUAAUUCAACACAAGUAUCAGCAAGAGGAUAAAAAAUUAGAAUAAAGAAAACUUAGUACAUAUCUCCAGGAUAAAUAAAGAUAUCCCUCACAGAUGUAUUAGAGCCUUAAAUGAAGCUAGUCGAGAAAUUAACAAGAGAUGGUUGUAGAAAAUAAAGUAGAUCUAAGAGUCCUCACAAAAAGACUACAAUGACUACUCCUGACUUGUUUUCUAAAUACAGCUAGGAUGCCUCAAGAAAGAAUAGCAAAUAACAAAGUGAAAAAAUUUCGCCUAAAUUUAAGAGCAAUUAGGGAUUUUCAACUACUUACAGCCAAUUCAACAUCAGCAAAAAGUAAGAUUCACCUUAAAAACUGAAGUAUGACAGCAAAUUAUGA